UGCUUGGCGGCUUCUCACCACUCACGCCUUCUCCUCGGAGCCACUCCCUCAUGUGAUAACACUUCCAAGGAUGGCAUCUUCACUCCCGCCAGAGACGCCAACCCGCGCUCUCCUCAAACGUCUCCACAGGCGCUCCUCCGUCCUCCCGACCUCCUCUUCGAGCAACUGUCUCGACCAGUCGCCCUCCUUGCUAGGUCCACCCACAGAGCAUUCUGCUCCACCUGCCGAUCGGGUUGGCGACAGCACAGAACAGGAUGACAGCGACGACACGCACUGCGCUGACGAUGUACCAGCAGGGAACCGCUCAAUCAUCACAAUCGAAGAGUCGACUCUGAGUCAGCAAGACUCUCGAAUUCGUCAGCUACAAUGGCAGGUAGAAGAGCUGCAGAUGCAGAAGCAAGAGGUGGAAGCGGAAUUGAGGAAGAGCAAGAAGAAGGCUAGAGAGGGGGUGACUUGGGAUACUGCACGGAAGCUGGAGCGUGAAUUCGAGGCUCAGGAGAUGAUACUCAAAGGUCUACAGCGAGACAACGAGCGUCGCACAAUCGAGUCGGAGCGCCUCCAUCGCAAGCUACGUACCAUGUCAGACUUUCUGCAGCAACAUCACGGCGAUGGUUGGCAUGGGCUCGUCUUCGGCGGUCGAAUCGACAAGACCUCCCUGGAAUGUGGUCCUUCACCCCUUUCGCAGAGAGCACAGGGCUCUCGCUUGACCGAAGUCUCGUCUAGCGACCAAGCAUCGGCCUCCGCAAACAUGUCCACCGCUUCGUUGUCAUCAGGCCCUUUGCCUGGGCAAUGGCUGUCACCGGCUCAGACUCAGAGUAAGACUGAGCUCAGCAGGGACUCGCUCAGUGUAAUGGGCACCCCAGAAGCUCCUCAACCGAGAUCCACGCUCCAGAGUGCCUCGACCGAAGAAGGCAACAUGACGGCGAUAGAUGCGAGUCGCUGGGCGGAUGCGGAGGCCAGCUUCGAUACUACCUAUGCUGAUUGCAGUCAUACCACCAGCGGCAAUACGAACACCGGCGAUGCGUCCGAAGAGGCGAGCCACAACGACUCUACGCAGUGCCUCUUAGCCAGCGAACGCGAGCGGCCCACCAUUGAGGAAUCCGUCGACGAAAUAGAAGCAUUGCAACGGCCUACAAAAGCAGCUGUACCGGCCAAAGAUCAAGAGAUCCAGGACAUUAGCCAGAUCUUGGCAGCAGCAUCAUUGCAAGAGCCUUCACAGCCGAGCAUUCAGCAAUCCCAUGAGACACCGUCGCGCAGGGCCUCUCUGCAUCAGCACCAAGCGCUCCGAGCACAGCUGGAAGAGACGAGACUGCUCCUCGAAGGCUUUGCAAGAAGAAGCGCCCGGCGCGAGAUGGAGCUUAUAGAGAUGCAAGAGCGAGCAAGGAAUGACCUAGAAAGGGGCCGGGAGGCACUAGAGGGGGUAGCGGAGCGAAUAUUGUGCGUAGGACCUCCGUGAGCCGGGGCAGUCUUCGUUUGCGGCCAUGAACACGGAUGAGCUGGCAGAAUUUCGCAUACCACGGGCGCGCUCUACCCAUCCCAUAGAUCCGACGAGACAGUACAAAGCACGGAGCUGGUUGGACCAGGUCACCCAUCUUGCCGGUCUGCUCCGUCCAGG